UAUGAUCAACGGCUUAAUAAACUGCAAUGGAAGUUCCACACACUAACAGCACCUCUUUCAACACAGACUCUAGUCUGCUAAUGACAAACCAACUCUUGCUGAAAGAGAUUGAAAAAGGGUCAAGUUUUGUGUCAUCUCCUUUGUCAUUCCAUUUGACUUUGAGCCUUGUCGCUGCAGGAUCAACAGGCAAGACUUUAGAGCAGCUUCUUUCUUUUCUGGGGUCAGAGUAUUUGGAACUCAAUCAGUUGCAUCGCAUAUUGCCAGGAUUACGCUGCCUGCCGAGGAAAAAAAAACUGGAAAGAAACGUGCCAGAACAUCAGAUCCAACAUUGUUGUUCAUUAGUGGUGGUAGGGUCGAUCAAUCCUGAUGAAGCAAGAGAAGAGGUGAGUUUGUGGGCUGAAAGAAAGACGAGAGGAUUGAUCAAGGAAGUCCUCCCACCUGGAUCUGUAGAUAACGAUGCUGCACUGAUCCUUGCCACCACAAUAUACUUCAAAGUAGCAUGGGAUCAAAAGUUUGAUGCGUCAAGGGCCCAGCUUGGUGACUUUCACCUUCUGAAUGGGCAAAUUGUUCAAUCCUUUGAAGCUCACAAAGUGCUUAAACUGCCCUACCAAACUGGUCUAGGCACCAGGCAAUUUUCUAUGCAUUUCUUUCUUCCAGAUAAGAAAGAUGGUUUGUCAAAUCUGGUCAAAAUGAUCAAUUCUAAACCUGGAUUCUUUAAUCAGCAAUUCAAUCUGUGGAAAGUAGAGCUUUCAUGUUCAUGGUAAGGGAAGAAGCUGCUAGAACUGUGUUCUUCACUGGAGCUGUGCUCAACCCACUAUCCAUGUCUUGAAACAUAAUCUGAUGAUCACGGUUUUCAUUGUACAAUUAAGAAAUAAAAUUUAUGUAGUUCGCUUGUAUGAUGCUGCCAAUGUCUACUUGAUUUCACCUUCU